UGUAAAGCACAAAAUAGGCCAAUAGGAGGCGACAUUUCUGCGAUAAGGCUAUAUCAGUUAAAAGAAGCGUUCGUGAGCAAUAAGUGCAUAAUCUACUGACCAGCAAUGCAAAGCUCCCUCAGCAGAUCAUUGACGGAAGAGAAGAGCACCGAAUCAUCGGAUCAUGGAGAAGAUCGACUAUCUAUGAAACAGGAAGAUGAAAUCAAAAGUGCCACAGCUGAGAUAGGGGAAGUGAGAGAAGAAAACGAGCGGCUCAAGAGAAUGCUAGACCAGUUGAAAGAGGAUUAUCGGUCACUCGAAGUUCAGUUCUUCGGCAUCCUCCAGCGAGAGGCUUCGGGGAGAUCCCUAAUGGACUUUUCCACUAGUCUUGAAGACACCAAAUUAGGACAAGAGCCCGUCUGCUUAAGUCUAGGAAUGUGCCCUGUUGAAUCCAAACAGGACAAGAGGAAAGAAACAUGGAAACGAGCUGAUGGAGAGCUCAAGUCUGGAUUAGGUCUCAGGCUGAAUACAAAGCUUCAGCUCUCCCCGGAGGUUAUAUCAUCCCCUGACCCGGAAGACAGGACAUCAUUGGAGGGACCAAAGGACGAGGAUGCAGGAGAGAUUUGGCCCCCAAGCAAAGUCCAGAAGAUGGAAGGAGAUGGAGAUAGCAAUGAUAUUUCUCAGCAAGCGCAGAUGAAGCGAGCAAGGGUCAGCAUUCGAGCUUGGUGUGACUCCACCACGAUGAAUGAUGGGUGUCAAUGGCGAAAAUAUGGGCAAAAAAUUUCAAAAGGAAAUCCGUGCCCACGUGCUUACUACCGUUGCACGGUAGCACCUGCUUGUCCCGUAAGAAAACAGGUACAGAGAUGUGCAGAGGACAUGUCAGUACUUAUUACCACCUACGAGGGCACCCACAACCACCCGCUCCAACUUUCUGCCAAGGCCAUGGCUUCAACCACAUCAGCGGCUGCCUCCAUGCUUUUAUCGGGCUCAUCUUCGUCAUCUCAAACCGGCCUUGGGCCCACAGCCACUAUCCUUGCAGGCCCUGAUGGUCUAAACUUCAGCCUCUACGACAAUUCAAUUAGGAGCAACUGCAGACAUCCAUUCUAUAAUCCAAACUCUCCCUCACAAAUCCACCCAACAAUCACAUUAGACCUUACUACCCCUCCUCCCACUCCAGCAAUGACUCAUUUGAGCAGCCUGAAUAGGUUGGAUGCGAGACCAAGAUUCCUGGGAUCGAGUUUGGGCUUCUCGAACAACCUCCCAAGUGUUUGCACCCCGAGUGAUCCGGUUAACGGGCUUGAGAAGCAAACCCGGGAACCGUCUCAGUCCCUGACGGAUACCCUCACCAAAGUCCUCACCACAGACCCAGCCUUCCAGUCAGCGAUAGCAGCUGCAGUACAAUCAAUGGUAAAAAAUAAGACCCAAUUUGCCGGGCAAUCAAGCUUCCCACUUUUGCAAAACCCGCUGCCAUUUCCGGUCGAUGAGACUGCACCUAAACCGAUGCUUGACAUAGAUAGCAACGGAUUAUAGAAGUCCAACAGAAGGGUAGAUAUUCUUGUCACUGUGAUCUCAAUGUUGUUACGAGUUCCAUUAGCACAAGGAGCAAGAUUUUGUAGUAUUCAUCAUGUUUGUAUCCCUUGUCCUGUCCCUUACUGCCUGUACAGUCUAUAUAUUUCUGGAACUCGACGUCUGCUUCUGUUGCAGGUGGUCUAGUUUUUUACUUCUGAAAUUCCUAAAUAAGCCCAAACGAUGUACAUACCAGAAAAUUAUGGUACUCUCAUUAGUCUC